CCUGGCCCCACCCCUAGUGCCCAAGAAGUCAGUAAAAUCGUAUUUCCUGCCCGAAGGUUUUUUUUAGAAAAUCUGUUUUUUCAGUAGUUCGUUCUACGUAUGGUUUUUCUGGAUAUUUUGUAGCCUUGUGAGUCUAAAGCAUAAUCAUGGAGGAAGGAUGGGAUUCGGACAGUUUUGCAGCCAAAAUCGAUCUCGCCAUUAAGUCAAAUAAAUGGGAAGGCGAAGAUGAAGAAGAAGAGGUUAAGGAUAGUUGGGAAGACGUGGAAGAGGAAAAAAAAGAUGUAGAGAAACCAGCCGAAGCUCCAAAGGUUAAAAAUAAACCUAAGAAGACGUUAGCCGAUAAGAUCGAAGAACGCGAGAAAAAAGCACGCGAAGAAGCCGAGAAAAAAAGUAAGGAGAAGGAGCAGAUUUUGUCGCCUGAGGAGAGACGAGCCGAACAGUUGAGACAACAGAGGCUGCAGGAAGAGGCCGACUUACGGUUGGCGAUGGACACUCUGGGUAUAAUGGAAACAACGAAGGGUCUGGAUGCGAUGAUCCCGGAUACAAAGGAAGAAUUCGACCAGUUUGGUGAUGCGCUCAUUUGCAAAAUCAAUACGAUGAAUAAACACGCAGAAUUCACAGCAUUUGCGGAAGAUUUAAUAAAAAAUAUUGCAGUUCAGUUGUCUGCUGCAUCAUUGAGAAAAGUCAAAACAAUAAUUGAUAAUCUCGCAAUCGAGAAAGGAAAAUUGGAAAAGGGCGACAAGAAGAAGAAAGGAAAAGGAAAGGCGAAAUUGAGAGUGGAAGGAGAAAAUACGAUUGUGAACGAAUACGAAGAUUAUGGAUUUGAUAAUGAAUAUGACGACUUUAUGUAGCGACUUUAAUUCUCUUUCCAUCAUCUAGUCGCCAAAAACAUUCUCAACAAUAUUUAACUCGCAGUUACAUUCAUUAAGAUAAAAAAAAAAGUUGUUGCGUUAUUCAAUUUGUAACUUAGUUCACUAAGUUUGUUAAUUUAGAAUUUGUGAAAUGAAAAGAAAAAAAAGGAGGAAUCAGAACCAGUGAAUUUCGCUUGUAUCGAAUUAAAAUCACUGCAAAUUUUAUGAAAAUUUACGAUAUUGCUUGCUGAUUUAAUGUUUUUCAUUAUGAUUGCCGUUUUAUUGUCUCUCGAUUUAAAUGUCGAUUUUUGCCUUCGCAGAAUAUUCAAGAAGUUAGUUGUUUUUUUUCUUCAAUUUACAUUGCCGUGAUUUAAAUAAUUAUUUUAGAUUUUGAAGAAAAAAAAAUGGUAAAAGUAAGAAAUAAUUAAUAAUUAAUGCCAAAAUAUGUGAUUUUGAAAGCCGGAAUGAUAUUUUUUCCGUGUGAAAGUCUGUGUUUUUCUUCGAUUGUCAGUAUCUCUCUCAACGACGACAGCUGUUGUGGAAUUAAAAUUCUAAUUCAUAUAAACCGAUUAACAUUUUACUUGCAUAUGUAUAUAAACGCUCGCGUGCGUGCGUGCAUCCACACAAGUAUGAUAGGAUGUAAGUGGGUUUUAAAGAUUAUAUUCCUAAAUAAAGGUUGGUUGUAAAGAUA